GCCUGGUGUAAUUGCAAGGCGAACAAAAGGGCAAGCCCCAGAUAAAGCCAGACGCCUGCGACACGGCGCACUGAACAUGGCGUCCAUGCGGACACUGGUGCUGCUUCUCGCGGCGCUUGAAGCCGCCGGCUUCGCGAUCUGCAAAACCAGCUCACGGACAGCUGCCCUGAGAUCUCCCGUCUCCGACGGCGAGACCUCGCAGCUUGUAUCAAUGAGGUCGACCGUCGCGGACAGCGAGAGCUCGCAGCAGGUCGAGAUCAAGCUCGCCGCGCCCGCGGCCGCCGCGUUCGUCGAGACGCUCUUCGAGAAGAACGUGAAAGUGAAGGCGGGCACGGUCGACAAACGGCGCACCACCAAACGCGCCCGCGGCCAGAAUCCGAUAGUGGUGGGCUCGCCCGACGCCGGCGAGCCCUCCAAGACGGUGGAUAGGCGCCGCAAGCCGAAGACGACGUCGACGGACGCCUUGUUCACGACGCAGUUGUUGGAUGCGGCGCAGGAGCGGCGGCUCGGUGGAUUGACCGUCGAAUUGCUACGCUUGGAGAAUGUGAGAGACGAUUUACUGAGGGAGCGCGGCGGCCGCACGCCCGAAUCUCUCGGAUAUGCUGGAGACAACGAACUCGAGGACCAAUUGUUAGGUGUGGACUGCGACGGGUUUCGGGCCGACUGGUGCGUGCGCGCCGAGCUCAAAUCGCCGGAGGAGCUCACGAAGCGGAUCCGCGACGGGAGAGCUGCGCGGCAAGCUUUAGUUGCGGCGAACAUGCGGUUAGUUGUAGCCGUGGCGAAGCGCUACGCGGGUCUCGGCAUGGGCCUCUCCGAUUUAGUCCAGGAGGGCUCUUUGGGAUUGAUGCGCGCUGCGACGAAGUACGACCCGGCGCGAGGCUGCAAGUUUUCGACGUAUGCUUGCUGGUGGAUCCAGCAAGCGGUCCUACGAGCCGUGGCCUUCCAAUCUAGAUUGAUCAGACUACCGAUGCACGUGCACCAGGACCUGGCCAAGGCGACGCGCGCCCAGCGCGACUUCAUCCAGGACAACGGCCGGGAACCGACCGAUGAAGAACUGGCCAAGAUCUUGGAUAUGACCGUGGCGAAGCUACGGAGGGUGCGCACGGCGGCGAAGCAGUCCGACGCCGUCUCCACCGAAACGCCGCGCGGCUUCUCGUCGAAGAUCGGCGGCGGCGAGGCCAAGUUCAACCAGCGCAACGGCGGGCGGCGCAAGGCCAAGACGCCGGGCGCGCCGGCGCCCGCGGCCGCGCCGGCGCGGACGUCUGGUAGAACGCUGAAGCUCGAGGACACGUUGGAGUCGGCCGAGCCCGGCGCCGACCGCGCCGUCGAGAUGAGUUUGUUGCACGGCGCCAUCGCCGAGGCGUUCAAGGACCUGGACGAGGACGAGCAGAAGGUCAUUUCCUUGCGCUAUGGGCUGGAGGACGGCGUCGCGUGCUCGCCCUCGCAAGUCGCCGAGCGCUGCGAACAAUCAAAAGACUGGGUGCGGCGGUGCGAGAUGCGCGCCAUUCGCAAGCUGCGCAAGCCGCACCACCUCAUGACGCUGCGGCCCUACAACUCGCAGCGCCAGUCGCUCACGGCCGUCCCGUCAUAAGACUUUUGGAAAGUU